ACUAUGCAUGCAUGAGGAGAACUGGCCAGCCAGUUUAACCGUGUUCUGAAGACACGUUAAUUACAACAACUUGGCUACCUGCUCUGCAACAGACCAUGUCAAUCUACGCUGGAUUUUAAAUUGCACAAUUGUGUAAUCGGUCAGCAACAUUUAGUCGCUGCAGGCGAGCUAUAUAUAUCCUUGCAUGCGCCCAGCAUAGAGAAUCAGCAAGCUAGCACUCCAUAGAUACUGAACCCACAAAACUAAGAGAAGCCAUCGUCGAUUUCCCGAACAGAGAAAUGGCCUCCUUCUCACCCUCAUGCUUCAUUCUCUUCGCUGCUAUUUUUGCACUGAUCUCAUGGCAGGCCGUAGCCUCCGAUCCUAGCCCUCUCCUGGACUUCUGCGUGGCAGACAAUAGCUCAAGUGUACUAGUCAAUGGAUUCGUCUGCAAGGACCCAAAGGUUGUGACUGCCGACGACUUCUUCCUGGCUGCCAAACUUGACAUGCCAAGGGAUACCAAGAUGAGCAAGGUCGGCUCCAACGUGACCUUGAUCAACGUCAUGAAGCUUCCUGGCCUCAACACCCUUGGCAUCUCCCUAGCACGUAUCGACUAUGCGCCCCUAGGAGAGAACCCACCACACACGCACCCUCGUGCAACUGAGAUCCUCACCGUGCUUGAGGGUACACUGUACGUCGGCUUUGUCACGUCCAACACUGACAACAAGCUCUUUUCCAAGGUGCUGAACAAGGGUGAUGUGUUUGUCUUCCCGCACGGACUCAUCCACUUCCAGUUAAACCCCAAUCCCUACAAGCCGGCCGUCGCAAUUGCUGCACUAAGCAGCCAGAACCCGGGGGCAAUUACCAUUGCCAAUGCCGUAUUUGGAUCAAAGCCUAUGAUCUCGAAUGAUGUCCUCUCCAAGGCCUUUCAGGUGGAUAAGAAGACUGUGGACUGGCUCCAAGCGCAGUUCUGGGCCGAUAACCACAAUUAGUUAAAUGUUGCACCAGCUACUAGAGUUGACAAUAAAAUAUUUCCUAUGUAAUUAUAAUUAGUUGUUGUAUAUGAUACACGCAUCAAUAUAUGUAAUCCUCUAUUUCUAUCCACAAUGAUCAUAGGCAA